AUGAAAUUUCUAAGAGUUUUGCCGAUGAUGGUCGGUUUCGUUGAGUUAAUCUAUGGCUGUAUUCAGUUUGACUUCUCACGUGAGGUGUCUUUCUUUGACAAUGCUCAAGUGAUUGGCACAUAUCCAGGAUCCUCCAGAGAAGAAUUAUUUGGCGUGUGUGCUUCAAGAUGUACCAAAGACAUUCGAUGUAACGCUAUUGACAUUUGUUCUGAAAAUUUGAAGUGCAAAUUAAUCAGAGGCUGGACACCACUUACGCCAGGAAACGUAUCUGAAGGAGUGUGUCAACGAUUUCAAAUGAUGUGUGAAGAUGGAUAUUUCUAUGACAGACAGAACGAAUCUUGUCUUCAGCACUAUUAUUGCGACUUUGAGAGUAAUCCAGAAUCGGCUUGUUUUCUCCCCGAGAGUCUAUCGGACGAAUUUGAUUGGACCAUUCUUACGGGUUCGACACCAUCUGUAGGCACGGGUCCUACCUCAGCGUACCAUGGAUUGCGUUACAAAUACAUUGAAACAUCCACAAUUGUGCUGGGACAAAGAGCAAUACUGGAGAGUUCAACGUCAUUUCAAGCUAAAACCUACUGCCUGACGAUGUACUACCACAUGUAUGGGGCCACCAUAAACACUCUCACCAUCAGAACUAAGAACGGAAACAACGCCGCCAUAGACCGCUGGAAAUUGUCUGGUAACCAAGGCAACGUCUGGCACCAUCUGUCUGGGGUCAGCCUUCCAUUGGACUCCCAAACAAAAAUUAUCAUCGAGGCCACUAAAGGAUCCGAUUUCACUGGCGAUACUGCGAUCGAUUACGUUGAACUUUGGCCAUUUGCAUGCCCGUAGAAAAUGACUUCAUGAACGUCUAGUGCACUGUCAAUCAAAGUUAACAACUUGAUGAUAGUUCACCAACCGCAGAAGACGUAAACAAGACAAGUUUUUAUAUUGUUUAGAAGGAGUUUGAUGCCA